AUGUCCUGCCAGCAGAGCCAGCAACAGUGCCAGCCUCCUCCCAAGUGUUGUCCCCCUAAGUGCCCUCCUGCCUCUUCCUGCUGCAGUCUGGGUUCUGGGGGCUGCUGUGGUUCAAGCUCUGGAGGCUGCUGCAGCUCUGGCGGUGGUGGCUGCUGCCUGAGCCACCACAGGCCCCGCAGAUCUCUCCGUCACAGACACCAGAGCUCUGGAUGUUGUAGCAGUGGUGGCAGCAGUGGCUGCUGUGGCAGCAGCGGUGGCGGCAGCUGUGGCAGUAGCCAUCUGGGUUCUGGGGGCUGCUGUGGUUCCAGUUCCGGGGGCUGCUGUGGCUCCAGCUCCGGGGGCUGCUGUGGUUCAAGCUCCGGGGGCUGCUGCAGCUCUGGUGGUGGUGGCUGCUGCCUGAGCCACCAUAGGCCCCACAGAUCUCUCCGUCGCAGACACCAGAGCUCUGAAUGCUGUAGCAGCGGUGGCAGCAGUGGAUGCUGUAGCAGCGGUGGCAGCAGUGGCUGCUGUGGCAGCAGUGGUGGCAGCAGCUGUGGCAGGAGCCAACAGUCUGGUGGCUGUUGCUAA